CCAAGGCAACUUCCUUCCUCUCCGGGCAAGAUGGCGGGGGGCGAGGGUGGAGUGACUCUGGGGCAGCCUCACCUUUCCCGCCAGGAUCUCGCCACUUUGGAUGUCACCAAGUUGACACCACUUUCACACGAAGUUAUCAGCAGACAAGCUACAAUUAACAUAGGUACAAUUGGUCAUGUAGCUCACGGAAAAUCCACAGUUGUCAAAGCUAUAUCUGGAGUUCACACUGUCCGGUUCAAAAAUGAACUAGAAAGGAACAUUACAAUCAAACUUGGAUAUGCCAAUGCGAAGAUUUACAAACUUGAUGACCCAAGUUGUCCUCGGCCAGAAUGUUACAGAUCUUGUGGAAGUAGCACACCUGAUGAAUUUCCUACGGACAUUCCAGGGACCAAAGGGAACUUUAAAUUAGUCAGACAUGUUUCCUUUGUUGAUUGUCCUGGUCACGACAUUUUGAUGGCUACUAUGCUAAAUGGUGCAGCAGUGAUGGAUGCAGCUCUUCUGUUAAUAGCUGGUAAUGAAUCUUGCCCACAACCGCAGACUUCGGAACAUUUGGCUGCUAUAGAAAUCAUGAAACUAAAGCAUAUUUUGAUUCUACAAAAUAAAAUUGAUUUGGUAAAAGAAAGCCAGGCUAAAGAACAAUAUGAACAGAUCCUUGCAUUUGUACAAGGUACAGUAGCAGAAGGAGCUCCCAUUAUACCAAUUUCUGCUCAACUGAAAUACAAUAUUGAAGUUGUCUGUGAGUACAUAGUAAAGAAAAUUCCAGUGCCCCCGAGAGACUUUACCUCAGAACCCCGGCUUAUUGUUAUUAGAUCCUUUGAUGUCAACAAACCUGGCUGUGAAGUUGAUGACCUUAAGGGGGGUGUAGCUGGUGGUAGUAUUCUAAAAGGUGUAUUAAAGGUUAGCCAGGAAAUAGAAGUCAGACCUGGUAUUGUUUCCAAAGAUAGUGAAGGAAAACUCAUGUGUAAACCAAUCUUUUCCAAAAUUGUGUCACUUUUUGCAGAGCAUAAUGAUCUUCAGUAUGCUGCUCCAGGGGGUCUGAUUGGAGUUGGAACAAAAAUUGACCCCACUUUGUGCCGGGCGGACAGAAUGGUGGGGCAAGUGCUUGGUGCAGUUGGAGCUUUACCUGAGAUCUUCACAGAACUGGAAAUCUCCUAUUUCCUACUUAGACGGCUUCUAGGUGUACGCACUGAAGGAGAUAAAAAAGCAGCAAAGGUGCAAAAGCUGUCUAAGAAUGAAGUACUCAUGGUGAACAUAGGAUCCCUGUCAACAGGGGGAAGAGUCAGUGCAGUCAAGGCUGAUUUGGGCAAAAUUGUUUUGACCAAUCCUGUGUGCACAGAAGUAGGAGAAAAAAUUGCCCUUAGUCGAAGAGUUGAAAAACACUGGCGUUUAAUUGGUUGGGGUCAAAUAAGAAGAGGCGUGACAAUCAAGCCAACAGUGGAUGAUGAUUGAAGAAUGCCAGUUAAAUAAUACAUAGGAUGACGUUGGAAUUUCUCUUUUAACAGCGUAGGGGUAUAUUUUCAAAGCAGUGCUACUGAGCUCACUGCCAGUAGUAGCUGUAAGAUUAUGUUCAUUUUUGGUGAUGAAAAUUUAGCCUCUAUUACUAAAAUAAUGUCUACAAUAAAUGUGCUAUGCUUUAACCCGCUGUGCCAUCCGGGAGGGCCCGUACAAUAAAUGUAAAAAUUGGUGUAAUGAUUGAUUGAAUCAACAUUUUAGCAGAAAUUAAUCAUUCCCGAAUGUCUAAUUUAUAAGUCUGCAGGUUUGAGAUGAACCUGUCUGCCACAACCAGCCUUUAUUGUAGCAAACAUACCACUGAACCUAUUUUAAAAAAUACUGUCUUCUUUUUCGUGAUUGGUCUUGAGUAGCUCCAAGCUUGAAGGACUCAUACCAAUGAGAACUUGAAGACACACUUCGCCUUGAAGACUAGCUCCCCUUUGCCCCCUCUUUUAUGUUGCUUUGGCUUAACUGCUUAAUUAAUACAAUUAUGGUGUAGAUCCCAGUGUUAGUACUCUUUGGCCUUUCAGAGGUGAGGAUGUCAAUAGUGGAAGCCCUGUGAUUUUUAGUUAAUAUUCCUGUACUUCUCCUGAACUGUGCUUUUAAAUUUUGUUUGUUUUAAGACUUAAGGCAGUGGUUCUUCAUCUAGGCUGACAUUUGAAUCACUGCAUAAGCUUAAAAAAAAAAAAAAAAUGAUGGUUUGUAGAAUUUCUGAUUUAAUUCAUUUGGGGUGCAGCCCAGCCUUUAACAUUUUUUAGAACUCCUCUCUGUUGAGAGAGUUGAAAAAUAGGUAUGUAUCAAAUAGUACAAGUUCUUACAGAGUUUUAGUAGUCUGGUAGUACUCUAAUUUUCUUGCUUAAAUUUGCAUUUAAUGUGGGAUUUGAUACCACAGUCAUAAUAUUGUACUCUGCGUUACAGAAGCUAUCUUGUAGAAGUGUAGUAGUUAUGACUAUGAGUUGUUAUGUAAGUUUUGAGGAAACAAUAAUGUGAUCUUGAAGGGUUGUUAUAUAUCAUGAGGAACGCAUUUAAAUAAAGUAAGGUUCUAACCUGAACAUUAAUUUUAUAUCUAAUAUUUCCUUGUGUUUCAUAAGUACCUUCUACUGAAAAUUCUGGAGCAACAUAAAACCCAAAAUUUUGCAGUAGACUAAUCUAUUGUAAUCAAUCUCAUGUCAGAACUGAAUCCAGAAGUCCAGAAUUUAUUUUCAACAUAUACAUGAAUUUCAGCUGGUUUGCAAAGCAUUAUGUUUAGAAUAAAUGGGCAUACACAACUGUGAUAAUGGGCCUUGUUUUUGUAGAACUUGAAGUCAUUUUAGUGAUUCUCAGCAAAAGAUGUACCUGGCUGACAUCUGUAAUGUAAUGUUGCCAAUGGAAACAUUGCAUGUAUAAGUCCUGUUGACUUUCCUAUCAGGAUUACUUCAGAAUUUCACCAGAUCUUAUCAUUGCAGUUUCCAAAUUUACUUCACAGCAGUCGUGAGUUUCCAAAUUUACUUUGACACAGUAGUGAGUUACCCUCUUUGUAAGUGUACAACUCUGAUGACAAGUUGUAAAGGUAAUUUUAACAAAUGGGAAGAAUGAGAACAGUUUAGCUGUGACAUCAUCUAAAUAAUUUCCAGGCUGUCUUAGAAAACUUUUCUCCCUAUUUCUUGCAAAGUUGAUGUGUCUGCUUUUUUGCAGAGGGAGGAGAACUUUUAGUAAAAAUGUGCAAAGAACUGUA